AUGGCGAUCAAGGAGGAGACGGAGGAGAGUUGCGGAAGCAGAGCCGUCGCGGCUUCCGUGUCUAAGGAAAACCCUAGGCAGCAUCGUAUGAAACUCGAGGUGUACGGCGAGGUUCUACAGCGAAUCCAGGAAUCCAAUUACGAAGAAGCCAAUUUCCCUGAUUUCGAUGAUCAGCUCUGGCUCCAUUUCAACCGUCUUCCUGCUCGAUAUGCUAUGGAUGUAAAUGUUGAGAGAGCAGAAGAUGUCCUCACUCAUCAGAGAUUGCUCAAAUUGGCUGAAGAUCCUGCAACUAGACCUGUUUUUGAAGUUCGUUGUGUUCAGGUUUCUCCCACGUUAAAUGGACAUUCUGCUGACGCUGAUCCUUCAGAUCCUGCUGUGAAGGAAGAUGCUCAAAGCUCAUACCAAUCGAGCAGGCAAGCAUAUGUAGUUCUAGAAAAUGUUGGGCUGAUCUUUAGACGCUUUUUGUUAAUAAUUUCUUAUUCUUGGCUUUUUUUCUUACUUCCUGUUAAAAGGGUUCUUGCACCUCCGACUUUUGGUUCUUCUCCGAACUUUGAGGCUCUUACACAAGCCUACAAACAUCAUGCUGAAGACGAUGACAGUGCGGUCAAUGCAGAGUUGCCUUAUUCUAGACCAAUGCACGAAAUCACCUUUUCAACCAUCGACAAGCCAAAACUCCUAAGUCAGUUAACUUCAAUGCUUGGUGAGCUUGGAUUAAAUAUUCAAGAGGCCCAUGCUUUUUCUACGGCUGAUGGUUUCUCUCUGGAUGUCUUCGUUGUUGAUGGAUGGUCGCAGGAGGAAACAGAGGGUUUAAAAGAUGCAUUGAGGAAGGAGAUACGGAAGCUCAAGGAUCAACCUAGUUCGAAGCAAAAGUCUAUCACUUUCUUUGAGCAUGACCAAUCAACCAACGAGCUGGUACCCGCAUGUGUUGAAAUACCUACGGAUGGAACUGAUGAGUGGGAAAUUGACAUGAAACAGCUCAAGAUUGAAAAGAAAGUGGCAUGUGGAUCAUAUGGGGAGCUAUAUAGAGGAACCUAUUGCAGUCAGGAAGUAGCUAUAAAAAUUCUGAAGCCUGAGCGUGUCAAUGCUGAAAUGCUCCGAGAGUUUUCUCAGGAAGUGUAUAUAAUGAGGAAAGUACGCCAUAAAAAUGUAGUCCAGUUUAUUGGAGCAUGCACACGAUCUCCAAACCUCUGCAUUGUGACUGAAUUCAUGACUCGGGGCAGCAUUUAUGAUUUUCUUCACAAACAGAAAGGCGUUUUUAAACUUCAAUCUUUGCUCAAAGUGGCGCUUGACGUCUCGAAAGGAAUGAACUAUUUGCAUCAAAACAAUAUUAUUCAUAGAGACCUUAAGACUGCUAAUCUUCUUAUGGACGAACAUGAAGUUGUCAAGGUUGCUGAUUUUGGGGUUGCCAGGGUGCAGACUCAGUCAGGGGUCAUGACAGCUGAAACAGGGACUUACCGAUGGAUGGCUCCAGAGCUCCCAUAUUCUCAUUUGACUCCACUACAAGCGGCUGUUGGCGUUGUCCAAAAGGGACUACGACCAAAAAUUCCGAAGCAAACACACCCAAAACUGACUGAACUUCUGGAGAAAUGCUGGCAACAAGACCCAGCUCAGAGGCCCAAUUUUGCAGAAAUCAUAGAAAUGGUUAAGCAACUACUCCAUGAGGUUGGAGUUGAGGAGCGCCAAAAGGAUAAACAUGGUGGCUUUUUUUCAGGCCUAAGAAAAGGCCAUCAUUGA